GUGGGAUGAGCGGGACUGCGGGAUGUGUGGAUGGUGGACUUCCUGGUCCUUCAGGGUGUGUUUCCCCUCACUGACAGAGAAGGAAAAGGGGAAAUUACGCUUACUCCAGGGGAACCGACUCCCUGGUUAUUUCCGAGCAGAGCCGCCGGUAUGUUGCGUCGGAGCGCGGCUGCGCGCGCACCGUGAGGCCAGCUGGAGUCGAUCCAGCGCUGAGGAGGCGGCGGCGGGUCCACGGUGGGAGCGCCGGUGCGCGCGGGGAGUGGUGGGAGGGUCCGGAGAACGCCGACAGGACUCCGUCAGACAGACAGACAGACAGACAGCGACUCCAGCUGAGCAGAGCGGAUCGGCACGCGGACGCCAGAACCCGGUCCAGGAGGGAGCAGCCGAACCAACGGGAUCCAGGUGGUAGCGAGUGAGGGUGUGCGGGCUAUGAUGGAGUCGGCCCUGACAGCAAGAGACCGGGUCGGCGUGCAGGACUUUGUCCUGCUGGAGAACUACACCAGUGAGGCCGCCUUCAUCGAGAACCUACGCAAACGCUUCAAGGAGAACCUCAUCUAUACCUACAUCGGUUCAGUGCUGGUGUCGGUUAACCCGUACAAAGAGCUGGAAAUCUACAACAAGAACCAUAUGGAGCGAUACCGAGGCGUCAAUUUCUACGAGGUCUCUCCGCACAUCUACGCCGUGGCUGACAACUCCUACCGUUCCAUGAGGACCGAGAGGAAGGAUCAGUGCAUCCUGAUCUCCGGGGAGAGUGGUGCCGGAAAGACGGAGGCGUCAAAGAAGAUCCUGCAGUACUACGCCAUCACGUGUCCAGCCAGCGAGCACGUGCAGACCAUCAAAGACCGCCUGCUGCAGUCCAACCCGGUGCUGGAGGCGUUUGGGAACGCCAAGACGUUGCGCAACGACAACUCCAGCCGCUUCGGCAAAUACAUGGAUAUUCAGUUUGACUUCAAGGGUGCGCCCGUUGGGGGACACAUCAUCAACUACCUGCUGGAGAAGUCCAGAGUGGUCCACCAGAACCACGGCGAGAGGAACUUUCACAUCUUCUAUCAGCUAAUUGAGGGAGGAGAGGAGGACCUGCUGAGGCGCCUCGGCCUGGAGAGGAACCCGCAGCAGUACCAGUAUCUGGUCAAGGGUAACUGUCCCAAAGUGAGCUCCAUCAACGACCGCAGUGAUUGGAAGAUGGUGAGGAAAGCUCUGACUGUGAUUGGCUUCAAUGACGAUGAGGUGGAGGAGCUGCUGAACAUCAUUGCAAGUGUACUUCAUCUUGGCAAUGUACAGUACGGAGGAGAGGAAGGGAGCGCCUGCAUCACUUCAGACACGCAGAUAAAGUACCUGGCUCGGCUGUUGGGAGUGAAUGGAGCUGUGCUGACGGAGGCACUAACGCACAAGAAGAUCACUGCGAAGGGAGAGGAGUUGACGAGUCCUCUGAACCUGGACCAGGCCUCUUCUGCUCGCGAUGCUCUAUCUAAGGCAGUGUAUGGACGCACUUUCACCUGGCUGGUUAACAAGAUCAACUGUUCCUUAGCCAACAAGGAUGAGUCUAACAAAAGUUAUUCUGUCAUUGGUCUGUUGGACAUCUACGGCUUUGAGGUUUUCCAGAACAACAGCUUUGAGCAGUUCUGCAUCAAUUACUGCAACGAGAAGCUGCAGCAGCUCUUCAUCGAACUCACCCUGAAGUCUGAGCAGGAGGAGUACGAGGCUGAAGGCAUCACGUGGGAGCCAGUCCAGUAUUUUAACAACAAAAUCAUCUGUGAUCUGGUGGAGGAAAAGUUUAAAGGCAUCAUCUCCAUCCUGGAUGAAGAAUGUUUGAGGCCCGGAGACGCCAGUGACAUGACCUUCCUGGAGAAGCUGGAGGACACCCUGGGAGGACAUCCACACUUUGUCACCCACAAGCUGGCUGAUGGAAAAACCCGGAAGGUGAUGGGCCGAGACGAGUUCAGGCUGCAGCACUACGCUGGAGACGUCAACUACAACGUGAACGGGUUUCUGGACAAAAACAACGACCUGCUGUUCAGGAACUUGAAGGAGGUCAUGUGCAUGUCAGAGAACAGCAUCCUGACCCAGUGCUUCGACAAGGAGGAGCUGAGUGACAAGAAGCGUCCCGAAACGGCGGCCACUCAGUUCAAAACCAGCCUGGCGAAGCUGAUGGAGAUCCUGAUGUCGAAGGAGCCGUCGUACGUCCGCUGCAUCAAGCCGAAUGACUCCAAGCAGUCAGGUCGGUUCGAUGAGGUGCUGAUCCGCCACCAGGUCAAGUAUCUGGGUCUGAUGGAGAACCUGCGGGUCAGGAGGGCCGGCUUCGCCUACAGACGGCGCUAUGAGGUCUUCCUGCAGAGGUACAAGUCUCUGUGUCCAGCAACGUGGCCUAACUGGCAGGGAAAGCUGUCAGACGGAGUCUCCACUCUGGUCAAACAUCUGGGAUAUAAACCCGAGGAGUACAAAAUGGGCAGAUCUAAAAUUUUCAUCCGCUUCCCGAAGACUCUGUUUGCCACUGAAGAUGCUCUGGAGACCCGGAAACACGGUCUCGCCACCAAACUGCAGGCGGGAUGGAAGGGCUACAGCCAGAAGUCCAAAUACCAAAAACUCAGAAGUUCAGCAAUCGCAAUCCAAGCGUGGUGGAGGGGCGUCCUGGCCAGGAGGAGAGCAAAGCGCAGACGUCAGGCAGCCGACACCAUCCGCAGGUUUAUCAAAGGUUUCAUCAAUCGCCACAAAGAACGCUGCCCAGAGAACGAAUACUUCCUGGAUUAUGUUCGUUACUCCUUCCUGACAAAUCUGCGCAAAAAUCUGCCCAAGAACGUUCUGGACAAGAGCUGGCCGACACCUCCCGCUGCUCUCACCGAGGCCUCAGAGCUUUUACGGAAGAUGUGCAUGCAGAAUAUGGUGUGGAGCUACUGCAAGAAGAUUAGUCCAGAGUGGAAACAUCAGUUGGAGCAGAAGAUGAUUGCCAGCGAGAUCUUCAAGGACAAGAAAGACAACUACCCUCAGAGUGUCCCCAAGCUGUUUCUCAACACGAGGCUCAGUGGAGAGAACAUCAACCCCAAGGUGCUGCAGGCUCUGGGCAGUGAGAGGAUGAAGUACGCAGUGCCGGUGACCAAGUACGACCGGAAGGGCUACAAGGCUCGGACCCGCCAGCUGCUGCUCACCGCCAACUCUGCCAUCAUCGUGGAGGAGGGCAAACUGAAGCAGCGCAUCGACUACGGAGCGCUCAAAGGCAUCUCGGUCAGCUCUCUCAGCGACGGCCUGUUCGUUCUGCACGUGCCCAGUGACGACAACAAACAAAAGGGGGACGUGGUUUUGCAAAGCGAGCAUGUAAUCGAGACCUUGACCAAGAUCGCCAUCUGUGCCGACAAAAUCAACAACAUCAACAUCAGCCAGGGCAGUAUCCAGUUUAUAGUGGGUCAGGGGAAAGAGGGCGUCAUAGACUUCACAGCCGGAUCAGAACUGCUGGUGACCAAGGCAAAGAACGGACACUUGUCUGUGACGGCGCCCAGACUGAACUCCAGAUGAUGCCCAUCCAUCCACACAGAGGAAGCCCCUCCUGACCUCCGCCGCCCUCCAUCCACCUCUGCAUCAGCCAAUCACACACCAGCGGUCCUUCAUGGAGGAGCUUUUGCUUUGAGUGUAACAGAGAAAAAAACCCAGCUCAACUAAUUGUUAUAUAUUUAUGUUUAUACGUAAUAUUUUGGGGGAAAUUAAUAUUGUUGCUUGUGGAAUAUUCAGAUUUUUUUUUAUUUGUCAGGAAUAAUAAAUGUAUGUUGUUGUGCUUGAUUUGGGAACAAAAAACUGAUGGAGAAGUCGGGAUCAGAACCAAUAUGGAGGAAGGGUGUUCCUUAAAGCUCAUCAGUCAAGAAGGGAAAGUACCUUUUGACUCGUGAAGUUGACGCCGCUCCUCCUGAACGCCAUCGAUCUGUUGUUGGAAUGGCGGUGUGGAGUUUGGUGAGGAAGAGCAGCUUUUCCGUCACGGCGGCGUCUGCGUCUCCGCAGGAACAGCUGACGUACUACUGAGUUUACUUCAGUCCGCUGUUCUUUGUGCAGCUUUCCAAAGCGACUGCGGAUCAACACUGUGCGUGUUUUGGAAAUACUUUGAAAAGAAGAUGAGGAUGAAGUGAAGAUGAGUAAAAGGUGACAUAAAAGGAACUUGUGCCUCACCUGUCUGCUUACCUGAGGAGCAGGUUAAUCUCACCAACACAUUAAUUUAGCCAGCUGAUUUAUAUUUACAUACGUCGGAUUUUAUAACUGCAAACCUGUCGGGUGGAGUCGGACAAAACUCGCAUCCUAAAGUAACUUGAUGAGUCUGCGCUUGAAACCAAAGUCUAAACAUUUUAUUUUAAUGAAGCAGGUUUGAAAAAAGAUUUGUGCCAACAUGUAUAACAAUCUGCCAAUUUCAUGUCUGUCUGUGUGAGUUUUUCCCAAAAAUGUCUAAAUUUGUGGACGGAUAAAUCGUACUGAAGUCCUGUUUGGGAGUUUGCCGCUCGCCUUUCCUGUGAUGCUUUUUCAACCAUUAAAGUAACGAAUGACUGCAACCCGACACGUCUGUGGUGGUUAGACGCUCAAUAAACCGGAUCUACAGCCAGCAACGCCUUCCGACCCCACCUCCGUGAGACCAAAGACUCCUGAAGAAAAGCUGCUGCUUCAGAGAGGAGCUGGAAGACGCUUGAUUUUCCUCUGCUCACCUCUGGAGAAACGGCCUCCAAGCCAAAGAAAGGACCCGCUUUGUAACUCUGUCUGUAUAAUUAAUAUAAUUCUGUCAUUUCUAAAUAUUAUGUCUGUUUUCCAAAAAGUGGAGGGUUUUUGUACAGUUUAAUUGAACAAUCAGGUGUGUGUUUGUUGAUGGGAAAAGGAGAAAAUGUUUUUGGAGCAAACUGGUGCCUUUGGUGGGGCCUGGAUGGAGGAUGUGUGUGCUGGGAGAUGGAUGUCCUUUUUUUUCUCCCCCUCUUUCUGCGUCCAAAAGAAGUUUAAUGUUUAUUCCCAUCUCAGUCCUGACUCACUGUAUGCACCACAUCAUUGUAGAAUUAUGGAAACACCAAAGAAUUAUCAAACUUCAACUAAAAAUAAAUUUAUAUUGUUUCAUUUUUGAA